AUGGGCCCGCCGCCGCCAAUAGUCAUCGAUGCUCAAGUAAUAUCGGGUAUAACAGGCUCCAUUUCAAUAGCGUGCUGGAUCAUAGUGUUUGCCCCCCAAAUUUACGAGAAUUUCAGGCGAAAAUCGUCAGAGGGACUCUCAAUGAUGUUCAUAAUCUUGUGGUUGGCUGGUGACGUGUUCAACGUUUUGGGAGCUGUUCUCCAAGGCGUUCUUCCCACAAUGAUAAUACUCGCCAUCUACUAUACUUUGGCUGAUAUCGUUUUGUGGGUUCAAUGCAUCAUUUACGGUGAUGGAAAAUCGUCUCCAGACUAUGUGCAUUUAUCGCCUGCAAACCCAAUAAAUGAAGAUGUACUUGAAACUGUCCUCUCUGCAGAUAGGGCUAUUCAGUGUUCCGACCUUGACUCUGCUCGUGGUGAGAUCGAUGAGUUCGAAAUCUCACUGAAGACGAGUCCCAUCAUGUCGGCAUUUUUCAAAAUGCUAAUGGUUAUCCUUGUUUUUCUAGCAGGUCUCGGAGGCUGGUACAUAUCAUAUAUGAACACAUCUAGGAAGCACAAGGCUCCUGUAGACCUUGUGUUCGAUCCAUUGGCACAAUUUUUUGGUUGGCUUUGUGCUUUAUUUUAUCUAGGUUCAAGAAUCCCUCAAAUUUUGUUGAAUUACGAACGGAAGUCUUGUGAUGGAAUUUCUUUCAUGUUCUUCUUAUUUGCAUGCUUAGGAAAUUUAACUUAUGUCAUCUCCAUUCUCGCCAUAGAUACCUCGUGGAAUUAUAUUUGGGUGAAUCUUUCAUGGCUAGCUGGCUCUCUUGGGACAUUGGCCCUCGAUUUUACCAUUUUUGUGCAGUUUUUUCUUUACAAUGAAGGUGUUGACGACGAUGAAAGCAGCAGUCUCACGAAUAGCACCAAUACCAACUCAGGUGAGCAACUCCUCAGCGGUCGUUUGGAAGGCUAUGGUACAGUCUAA